AUGGUUAAAGAACAACAAAUUAGACCUUCUACGAACUUUACAAACACCAUCAAUCCGAUUGGUGAUGAAAAACAUGAAAAACAUGAAAAACAUGAAAAACUUUUUCAUGAACUUGAAGAAAUUGUCAACGAUGAGAAUAAUGAGCAAAUCAGACCAACAGAAAUUGAAAGUUAUUGUGUAAAAUGUGGUGAGAAUGGUAUUACUAAAAUUUUAUUAACAAAAAUCCCGCAUUGGAAAGAAAUAGUGAUCAUGAGUUUUGAAUGCCAACAUUGUGGACUUAGAAAUAAUGAAACACAAUUCGCAGGACCAAUACCAGAAAAAGGAUGUUCGUACACAUGUACAGUUGAAACAAAACAAGAUCUAGAUCGUCAAUUGGUAAAGUCGGAAACUUGUAUAACAAAAUUAUUAGAGAUUGACUUGGAAAUGCCAUCGGCAAAUCAGGGUGGUAAAUUAUCCACAAUUGAAGGAAUUAUUACCAACAUCAUCGAAGAUUUAUCAAUCGGUCAGGUAGUAAGAAAAGAGUUGGAACCUGAAACCUAUGAAAAAAUUGAUUUGAUAAUAAAAAAAUUGUCGGUGGAUUAUCUAGAAAUCAAAGAAAAGUUCACUAUAAUGAUUGAUGACCCUGCAGGAAAUAGUUACAUAGAAAAUUUAUGCGCGCCAAAUCCUGAUCCAAAAUUACAAAUUCGUUAUUAUAAUAGAACUCAUGAAAUGGAUAUUAAAUUGGGUAUAGUUGCUCCAGACGAAUUAAAAGAUCCCGAAUCAAAUAACCAUAAAGAUGAAGAUGAGAAAGCGGAAGAAAAGGAAGAAGUUGGUAAUGAUGUGAUGGUAUUCCCUGCAAAUUGUUCAAAUUGUAAUUUACAAUGUGACACGAGAAUGCAUUUAGUAAAUAUACCACACUUUAAAGAUGCGAUCAUUAUGUCAACUGUUUGCGAUUCAUGCGGGUAUAAAUCAAAUGAGGUAAAAUCAGGAAGUAUGAUAUCAGAAAAGGGAAGAAGAAUCAAGUUAAAAAUAUUAGAUUUAGAGGAUAUGUCAAGAGACAUAUUAAAAUCAGAAACGUGUGGAUUAUCAAUACCCGAAAUAGAAUUGGAGUUGUUGUCUGGUACUUUAGGUGGUAGAUUUACAACGGUUGAAGGAUUGCUAAAACAAAUUUAUGAUCAAUUAGAGGGAACGACGCCGUUUAUUAGUGGUGAUAGUGUUAAAGACGAAAGUAAAAGAUCAUUUGGAACCUUUAUAAAUGAAUUGAAGAAAGUUAUCAAUUGCGAGGUUUUACCCGUAACUUUGAUAUUGGAUGAUCCUCUUGCAAACAGUUACAUACAAAAUCCAAAUGCUCCAGAUCCAGAUCCAAAUAUGGAAAUUGAAAUGUAUGAAAGAACAUGGGAACAAAAUGAAGUUUUAGGUUUACAUGAUAUGAACUCUAUUUGA